AUGCCGGUGUAUGAAAGUCAGAAUCAACCCUUCUCGACUGCUCCCGCCAAGCACUCGGUUAGCCCAGCCGAGGAGCGAGCCUACGUGGACUGGAUCAACCGGAUGCUUGCAGCUGACACCGACUUGCAAUGUCAUUUGCCCAUCAACUGGCAAGUAGAUGGCCUACUCUACGACCGAUGUCGAGAUGGCCUUCUUUUGUGCAAGUUGAUCAACUUCGCAGUGCCAAACACCAUUGACGAACGUUGUAUCAACAAGCCGCCCUUGACAAAAAGUGUAUUUAAGGUGAGAUUUUGGGGUCCUGACCUCCUUUAA